UUCCGGCCGGAGCCUUGACGUCAUCAGGCAGAGCCGAAAGUGCCCUCGCGCUGCCUAGGAGACAGGACGCGGGGGCCUGCGGCUGACAGGGCACCACCGGCCGCGCCCACUCGGUCGCCAUGGAGCUGCCCCCAGGGCCGCGCGACCAUCCCAACGCCUGGGACGAUGACUCGGAGCCGGAGCCGGAGCCUGACCCAGACGCGCAGGCCGAGGCUUACGUGGCCCGCGUGCUCAGCCCACCGAAACUCGGACUGGCGCCCCCGCGCGCCCCUCCGCUGUCCGCGUCCGCCCGGUCCCCGGGCGCCCUGGAACCGCGGGCCGCGUCCAAGAGCCGCGCCGUGGGGGUCCCGGGCCUGCUGAGCCUGCCCCCGGAGCUGCUGCUCGAGAUUUGCGCCUACCUGGACGCGCGCCUCGUGCUCCACGUCCUGCCGCGCGUGUGCCACGCGCUGCGCGACCUUGUGCGUGACCAUGUCACCUGGAGGCUCCGUGCGCAGCGCCGCGUACGCGCACCCUAUCCAGUGGUGGAAGAGGAGGACUUCGACUGGCCGGCGGCCUGCAUUGAGCUGGAGCAGCACCUGUCACGCUGGGCGGAGGAUGGGCGCUGGGCCGAGUACUUCUGCCUGGCUGAUGGGCACUUUGCUUCCAUUGACUCAGUGCUGCUGUUCCAGGGUGGGACACUCUGUCUGUCCGGCUCCCGAGACCGCAAUGUCAACCUGUGGGACCUGCGGCAGCUUGGGGUGGAACCCAGCCGGGUUCUGGUCAAGGCCCUUGGCACCCAGAGCAGCACCCACAAGGGUUGGGUGUGGUCGCUGGCAGCGCUGGACCACCGAGUGUGCUCCGGUUCCUGGGACAGCACGGUGAAGCUCUGGGACAUGGCGGCUGACGGGCAGCAGUUUGGCGAGAUAAAGGGCAAGGCAGCUGUGCUAUGCCUUUCCUACCAGCCUGACAUCCUGGUGACCGGCACCUAUGACAAGAAGGUGACAGUCUACGACCCCAGAGUCGGCCCAGCCCUGCUGAAGAGCCGGCGGCUGCACUCCAGCGCGGUGCUGGCGUUGCUGGCGGAUGACCGGCACAUCAUCUCGGGCAGUGAGGACCACACGCUCGUUGUGUUCGACCGCCGGGCCAACAGCGUCCUGCAGCGGCUUCAGCUGGACUCCUACCUGCUCUGCAUGUCCUACCAAGAGCCCCAGCUCUGGGCUGGUGACAACCAGGGUCUGCUGCACGUCUUCGCCAACCGGGACGGCUGCUUCCAACUUGUCCGGUCCUUUGAUGUGGGCCACAGGUCUCAGAUCACAGGGAUCAAACACUCGCUGGGGGCCUUGUACACCACGUCCACUGACAAGACCAUCCGGGUACACGUGCCCACAGACCCACCACGGACCAUCUGCACCCGAAGCCACGACAACGUGCUGAAUGGGAUCUGUGCUGAGGGCAACCUGGUGGUGGCCGCCUCUGGGGGCCUGUCGCUGGAAGUCUGGAGGCUCCAGGCCUGAGCAGGCAGACAUGGAUAUGGAUGUGGAUCUGCUGGCUGGCAGGCUGGGUCAAGGCCUCUGUUCUUGGGGGGCCCUCCCCUUUUCUGGUGCUGCCCUGGGCUGAGGCCUGGGGCACAAGGACUCCAGGCCACUGUUGGGCAGGGUCCCUGGUCUGUGCUCCAUGUUCCAGGCCACCCUCAGGUCCUGUUUACAAUUGGACGCCUGCUUUCCCUUGAGAGCAAAGGGGAAAUAAACCUGAUGUACUGGU